ACCGGCAAGAUGGCAGCGGACACGCAGGUUUCAGACACGCUGAAGAAAUUUGCUGUAAAAGUGACUACAGCCAGUGUGAAAGAGCGCAAAGAGAUAUUCGAAGAGCUGAAACAGUGUAUAAAGGGCAAAGAGUUACCAGAGCCCGCCAUCAAAGGACUAUGCAAGCUCUUCUGUCUCACGCCACACAGAUAUCGGGAUGCUGCAUCGCGCAGAGAGCUGCUCUCUGUCAUUGCCCAGCUGGCUGACACUCAGCCUGUCAUCUUGGUGACCAGCCUCCUCCACUGCCUGCUGAACAGUGGAGUCAUCAGCAAAAAUGGAGAGCCCAGUAAAAGCACAGGCUCUGCUGCCUUUGUGGGCUUGUCUUGGACCUUCCUUUUAGUCCCCACUGUGUUCCCUACCCCAGAGAAAAGAGAAGGACCCAUCUGGAAGAAAAUGGUGGAGGUCCAGAGCCUUCUUGUGGCCGAGGUGGUGGGUGGAGCCAAGACCAUUGCUCAGAAAUCAAGUCUCAAGAAUCUCAAUCACCUCUGGAAGGAAAACCCUGGACUGGUUGAUCAGUACAUCAGCACACUGUUGAGUCUGGAUCAGAGUCCUACAACUCUGGCUAUACUGGGGGUGUGUUUAGACUUCUGCACUACCCAGAAAGAAAAAGCUACAAUAGAGAAACACAAGAGUGCCAUGUUGGACCUGUACAUAAAAUCAGUCCUUAUGAGCAAGACAAAACCGCAACAGCACAUUUUGGACAAAAGUGGCUCCUUACUGCGUCAUGUGUCCCACUCUGAAUUCAAGGAGCUUCUGCUCCCUACCCUGCAGAAGACGAUGCUCCGCAGUCCAGAGAACGCCAUACAGACUAUUUCCUGCCUGCUGUCCGCUGUGACUCUCGACCUCAGUCAGUAUGCCAUGGAUAUCGGAAAGGCCAUAGCAAGCCAGCUGAAAGCCAACAAUACCCAGCUGAUGGAGGAGGCAGUCCAGGCCAUGCAGAACCUGGCCCAGCAGUGCAGUGACCCCACUGCAGUGCAGGACAUCGCCACACACCUCUUCAAGAUCCUUGGAGGAUCGGAGGGAAAGCUCACGGUUGUUGCCCAGAAGAUGAGUGUGUUGUCAGGGAUUGCCAGCUGCAGCCAUCAUGCUGUGUCAGGAACCUCGAGCCAGACCCUCAGCUCUGCAGUCACUGUGAUGUUCAUCCCUUAUUUACAGCAAGAAGUUCACGAGGGAACCUUGGUGCAUGCAGUGUCUGUGCUCUCCCAGUGGAGUAGUCGCCUCACAGUAGAAGUUCCCAGCGCUCUCUUGGAUUGGUUGAAGAAAGCUUUCACCCUCAAGACCUCCACCUCUCUGGUUCGACACGCCUACCUUCAGGCCAUGCUGGGGGCCUUUAAAGGUGACACUCUGGCCCAGGCCUCAGACCUCAUGUCUUUGCUUCUCCAAACGGUGGAGAAGGCUGUGGCACAAAACUCUCAGCACGCUCUGCUUGCUGAAGGUGUGGCAGCUUCUGUGCUUUUGAGUCGACUGGCUCUGCUGGAGACACAGACAGAGGCUAAAUUCACCAGCUUCUGGAAUGUGGUCUUAGAUGAGAAGAAGCCACUGUUCACCACAGAGAAGUUCCUCUCCCAGGCCAGUGAGGAAACACUGAUCACAGUGCUGCAGCUCUGUGAAAGGCUCUUCCUGGACCAUGCCCACAGACUUAACACCAGCAAAUCACAGAUGUAUCAUCAUGCCACAGUUGCAGUGUUGCUGUCUCGGAGCUGGCGUGUAAGGAAGAGGGCACAGCAGACAAUCAAGAAGCUGCUCUCCUCUCUGGGUGGAUCUAGUCUUGCCCGUGGCCUUCUGGGAGAACUCUGUGUGGUCAUCAACAAACACAAGGUUUUACCUCAGGAUGUCCUGGUGUCAGAGUCAGGAGAGCUGACUGAGCUGGGUCGCAGCUACGUUCCCCCUCGUGUCCUGCUGGACGCGCUGUGUGUUGUUUGCUCCUCUGCCAGCCAAUGGGGUGACCCCGCCGAAGCAGAGAGUUUGGCCAUGGAGAUCCUCAUAGUCACUCAUCAUCCAUCCAUAGUUGAAGCUCGCCGUGGCCUCUGGCCUGUUCUGCUCUCCUCCAUGAACAUAAAAGCAGAAGAAUUUAUAGAAAAGAAUCUGGAGUCUAUUCUGCCACAUCUACUGGAGGUUAACGCCGACAACCAGGCGGUGAAAAAUGCUGUCGGUGCCCUCUCCAGCCUGUCGCCCAACAAGUUGUUACCACGGGUAAUCAGUCAUGUCACCGAGGGGCUUUCCCGACCCGCUCUGCUCCAGGUCACCAGGGAGGAGUACGCCAUCAUGCUGACACCUGAGGGACAGCUGUACGACAACAGCAUCAUCCAGAGUGCCCAGAAGGAAAGCACCAAGAAAGUCAACAUGAAGAGAGAGAAUAAGGCUUACUCCUACAAGGAACAGAUCAUUGAAUUGGAGUUACAGGAGGAGCUUAAGAAGAAGAAGGGCAUCAAAGAGGAAGUACAGCUUACCAGCAAACAGAAGGAAAUGAUGCAGAUCCAGCUUGAAAAGGAGGCCUCUAUUCGGAAGAGGCUUCAAGGGCUGGAUGUGGAGUUGCGGAGUGUGGUGGGUCUGCUGGAAGCUGCUUUGAAAGCGAGACCAGCUCAGAUCACCAGGGAGCUCCCUGCUGUAGUGCAGGUCCUAUUGCCCCUGCUACACUCCCCUCUGGCUGCUCCGCUCAUUCAGCAGGUCUUCUUGGACAUCGGAGUGUGCCUUAUGCCCAAGCACCUUCACUCUCUAGCUGUGCUUGUGGGUCAUGUGACUUUGCGGUUGCUGAAGCCAGAAUGUGUUCUGGACGAGGCCUGGGGACACGAGGACCUGGACACAGCAGCCCACCGUACUGUACUGCUGCUGCACAACCACACUGUCCCACAGAGAGAGAGCAAGACUGGUGAUGUGGCUCCUCUGUCCGCACCAGCUUUCUCCUUCUGCUUCCCUCUCCUCAACGCCAUGCUCAGGGAGUCUUCAGGCAGCACCGAGGAGACAGAGAACAUGAUGACCAGGACUUUGCAAGUCAUCUACGAACACUCCCAGCUUCGUGCCGACACAGACAGUGAUGAUGUUGUAGAUGAGAAUGGCCCUGAGCUGCUUCCACGUGUCAGCAUGCUGCUGCUUCUGACCAGAGUUAUUUCCACAGCCACCCCAAGACUCCAGGUGUUGGCGUCUCAGUGCCUGACAGCUCUGUGUGCCAGUGCUGGAGGAGGAGAGGGCUGCACCGUAGCAGAGCCGUCAGAGAUAGAUGUUCUUCUCAGUGCCCUGCUGUCGCCCUGCUUUUCUGUCCGGGAUGCUGCCCUCAGGGGAUUGUUGGAGAUGGAGUUUGCCCUGCCCACAGACAGCACAGAGGCCAGUGGGAUGAGUUUGCUGCGCAGGCUUUGGGUUGCCAGGUUUGAUGUUGAGGAGGAGGGACGAGCCUUGGCUGAAAAACUCUGGGACUCUCUGGGUCUGGAGUUGGUCCCUGACCUCUGCUCCCUGCUGAUUGGAGAUGUCACCCACCACGAGGAAGCUGUCCGCUCUGCCGCAGCCGAGGCUCUGUCGAGUGCCGUGUCUGAGUACAGAGACCAGUCUGCUACAGUGCUGGGCCAGCUGACUGAGCUCUACCAUCAGAAACUCUAUAGACCACCUCCUGUGCUGGAUGCCUUGGGCAGAGUCAUCUCUGAAGCUCCACCUGACCAAUGGGAGGCCAGGUGCGGCAUCGCUCUGGCUCUGAACAAGCUGUCCCAGUACCUGGAUGAAUCUCAGGUCACCCCUCUCUUCCUCUUCUUUGUUCCUGAUGCUCUGAACGACCGCCACACUGAGGUGCGCCGUUGCAUGCUGGACGCUGCCCUCUCAGCACUCAACACACACGGAAAGGAUAACGUGAGCUCCCUGCUGCCAGUGUUUGAGGAGUUUCUUAAGAACGCCCCCCAGGAUGCCAGCUAUGACUCUGUCCGUCAGAGUGUGGUUAUUCUCAUGGGCUCCUUGGCCAAACAUCUGGACAAAAAUGACCCCAAGGUCAAACCCAUCGUGGCCAAGCUCAUCACUGCGCUCUCUACACCUUCACAGCAGGUCCAAGAGUCUGUGGCAAGCUGUUUACCUCCUUUAGUCCCUGCCAUCAAGGAGGACGCUGCAGGGAUUGUAAGAAACCUGUUGCAGCUGCUGCUGGAAAGUGACAAGUAUGCAGAGAGGAAGGGAGCAGCUUAUGGACUGGCUGGCCUGGUUAAAGGUCUCGGCAUCCUGGCACUCAAACAACAGGACAUUAUGACCACACUGACCGAUGCCAUCCAGGAUAAGAAAAACUUCAGACGGAGGGAAGGAGCUCUGUUUGCCUUUGAGAUGCUUUGUAACAUGUUGGGGAAGCUGUUUGAGCCGUAUGUGGUCCAUGUGCUGCCACAUCUCCUGCUCUGCUUUGGAGAUGGAAACCAGUAUGUCAGAGAGGCUGCAGAUGACUGCGCCAAGGCUGUGAUGAGGAACCUGAGUGCCCAUGGGGUGAAGCUGGUCCUCCCCUCCUUGCUGGUGGCCCUGGAGGAGGAGUCCUGGAGAACUAAAGCAGGCUCAGUGGAGUUACUGGGUGCCAUGGCUUACUGUGCACCCAAGCAGCUGUCCUCCUGUCUGCCCAGCAUUGUGCCCAAGCUGACCGAGGUCCUGACCGACUCUCAUGUGAAGGUGCAAAAGGCCGGCCAGCAGGCGCUCCGACAGAUUGGCUCUGUCAUCCGCAACCCUGAAAUUCUGGCCAUCACUCCCAUCCUGCUGGACGCUCUGACUGAUCCGUCCAGGAAGACCCAGACGUGCCUGCAGACGCUGCUGGACACCAAGUUUGUGCACUUCAUCGACGCCGCCUCUCUCGCCCUCAUCAUGCCCAUCGUCCAGAGAGCCUUCCAGGAUCGCUCCACUGACACUCGCAAGAUGGCCGCUCAGAUCAUUGGCAACAUGUACUCUCUCACUGACCAGAAGGAUCUGUCACCCUACCUGCCCAGUGUUAUUCCUGGACUGAAGGCCUCUUUGUUGGACCCUGUGCCUGAGGUACGUACUGUCUCAGCCAAGGCCUUGGGUGCCAUGGUGAAGGGGAUGGGUGAGUCCUGCUUUGACGACCUGCUGCCGUGGCUCAUGGAAACACUGGCCUCUGAACAGAGCUCUGUAGAUCGCUCUGGAGCUGCACAAGGUCUGGCUGAGGUGAUGGCUGGACUGGGUGUGGAGAAACUGGACAAGCUGAUGCCAGAUGUGGUGCAAACAGCCAGCAAGAUUGACAUUGCUUCCCAUGUCAGAGAUGGCUACAUCAUGAUGUUCAUCUACCUGCCCCUCACCUUUGGAGACAAGUUUACUCCGUAUGUUGGGCCCAUCAUCCCCUGCAUUCUCAAGGCUCUGGCUGAUGAGAACGAAUAUGUGAGAGACACGGCACUGCGAGCUGGACAGAGAAUCAUCAGCAUGUACGCAGAGACUGCCAUCGCACUGCUGCUUCCUGAGCUGGAACAGGGCCUGUUUGAUGACCUGUGGAGAAUCAGGUUCAGCUCUGUGCAGCUGCUUGGAGAUCUGUUGUUCCAUAUCUCAGGAGUAACAGGAAAGAUGACCACAGAGACCGCCUCCGAGGAUGACAACUUUGGAACAGCUGCAUCCAAUAAAGCUAUCAUUAGUGCUCUCGGCGCUGAGCGACGUAACCGCGUCCUCUCUGGCCUCUAUAUGGGCCGUUCAGACACCCAGCUGGUGGUUCGACAGGCUUCCCUCCACGUGUGGAAGAUUGUGGUGUCCAACACCCCCAGAACUCUCCGAGAGAUCCUCCCAACCCUCUUCAGUCUCCUGCUGGGUUUCCUGGCUUCCACCUGCCCUGACAAGAGAACGAUUGCUGCUCGCACACUGGGUGACCUGGUGAGGAAGCUUGGAGAGAAAAUUCUCCCUGAGAUUAUUCCCAUCCUGGAGGAGGGUCUGCGCUCCGACAAGAGCGAUGAGAGGCAGGGCGUCUGCAUCGGCCUCAGUGAGAUCAUGAAGUCCACCAGCAAAGAUGCGGUGCUGGUCUUCUCUGAGUCCCUGGUCCCUACAGUCAGGAAGGCUCUCUGUGACCCCCUGGAGGAGGUUCGAGAGGCUGCCGCCAAAACCUUUGAGCAGCUCCAUGCAACCAUCGGUCACCAGGCGCUGGAUGACAUCCUGCCUACCCUGCUCAAACAGCUGGAUGACGAGGAGACAGCUGAGUUUGCGUUGGAUGGUCUGAAGCAAGUCAUGGCGGUGAAGAGUCGCUCUGUCCUGCCUUACUUGGUUCCAAAGCUGACUGCUCCUCCUGUGAACACCCGUGUUCUCGCCUUCCUGUCCGCCGUGGCUGGAGAUGCUCUGACACGCCAUCUAGGGGUCAUCCUGCCUGCUCUACUCUCCUCCCUCAAAGGAAAACUGGGAACAGAGGAUGAAGCACAGGAGCUGUGCAGCUGCCAAACAGUGAUCCUCUCAGUGGAAGAUGAAGUGGGCCAGCGCAUCAUCAUCGAGGACCUGCUGGAGGCCACACGCGGUGCUGACCCUGGCCUCAGACAGGCCGCCGUCACCAUCCUCAAUGCCUAUUUUGCUCGUACCCGCUUGGACUACAGUUCCCAUACACGCACCUUGCUGUCAGGCCUCAUCCGCCUUCUCAAUGACUCCAACCCAGAGGUCCUGUCUCAGAGCUGGGAUACCAUCAACUCCAUCACCAAGAAGCUGGAUGCAAGCAGCCAGCUGGCUCUAAUCGAUGACCUGCACCGAGACAUUAGAUCAGCAGCUGCAGAUGUGAAGGGUCAGCACCUGCCUGGUUUCUGUCUGCCCAAGAAGGGUGUGACCUGUAUCCUGCCUGUCCUCAGAGAAGGUGUCCUCACUGGUAGCCCCGAGCAGAAAGAAGAGGCAGCUAAAGCAUUAGGAGGGGUCAUCAAACUGACCUCUCCUGAGGCACUGCGGCCCUCUGUUGUCAACAUCACUGGACCUCUUAUUCGUAUCUUGGGUGACCGUUUUGCCUGGACAGUGAAGACUGCUCUGCUUGAGACUCUCACCCUGCUCCUGGCAAAGGUGGGCAUUGCCCUGAAGCCCUUCCUUCCUCAGCUGCAGACCACCUUCCUGAAGGCCCUGCAGGACUCAAGCCGUGCAGUGAGGCUGAGGGCUGCAGAGGCUCUGGGCCAGCUGGUUUCCAUCCACACCAAGGUGGAUCCACUCUUCACAGAGCAGCUGUCUGCCAUCCGCAACGCUGAGGACUCUGGAGUCAGGGAGACUAUGCUCCAAGCCUUAAGGUUUGUCAUCCAGGGGGCUGGGUCAAAGGUGGACCCAACCAUCCGCAAGAACAUCACCACCACACUACUAGGCAUGCUGGGACAUGAUGAGGAUGCAACCCGAAUGGCUUCAGCAGGCUGUGUUGGUGAGCUUUGUGCCUUCCUGUCAGAGGAGGAGCUGAAGAAUGUGUUACUUCAGCACAUCUUAGCGGAUGUGUCUGGUGUGGACUGGAUGGUGCGUCAUGGCCGUAGCUUGGCCCUGGCCAUAGCUGUCAAGUCUGCUCCUGAGAAGCUGUGUGGGAAGGAAUACUGUGAUACUGUAACAGAAACCAUUUUGGCCAACGCCACUGCUGACAGGAUUCCCAUCGCCACCAGUGGAAUCAGAGCGAUGGGAUACCUGAUGAGGCAUCACCUCAGAACAGAGGGAGGCAGCAGUAUUUCCCAGCGCAUGAUCACACAGUUAGUCAAGUGUCUUCAGAACCAGUCCAGUGACAUCAGACUGGUCUCAGAGCGGGUGCUGUGGUGGGUGUUCAAAGACCCGGCUACUCCAUCAAUGGAGGCCGGUCUCAUCAAGCCUCUGCUGAAGAGUCUGCUGGACAACACCAAGGACAAGAACACCAGCGUCAGAGCCCAGAGUGAGCACACCAUCGUCAACCUGCUACAGCUCCGCCAGGGAGAGGAAACCAUGCAGAGUGUUACUGCCAUUCUGGACUCUGCAAGUAACGAUCUGCUGUCAGAGUGUCACCGCCGGUCUUUGAAGAAAAUCGCCAGCUUGCCAGACUCUAAUGAAGAGAUAGACGACACCAUCCUAACAUGAUGGAGCAGGACUGAGCAAUAAGGUGGCAUCUGGAGAAAUCAACAGAAGCUUGACUGACAUGUAAAACAAGUCUCCACUGUAUGAGAACCCCAGACACACUCACCACACACACACCCACAUUGCCCUUCAUGGACCAAGGCUGGGUAGUGCUAUGACUGGUUUCCUGCAUAUUCCCCCAACACAUUUCUUUUCAUUUUUUUUCUUUUUCACUUUGAAUCAAUGUUUUAGUGGCCUUUAAGCCCAAUUUAAAACUUUCUUCUUUUAUUUCAAAUUGUGCAGGUUAUUCUCCUGUACUGAAUUAAAUUAGGACAAACACAAGGCCAAAUCUUUUUUGAUGUUUCUGUGUUUUGCUACUUAUUUUACCAAAAUGAUUUCAAGGAUUUAAGACAUGAAGCAACAUCUUUAACAUUUAUUUGAACUUUGUGUGUGAGGGUUGUUUUGGGGGGAAAGCAGCCUCUUGUAAGAAUAAAAAUAAUUCUUAUGUCAGUGAUACGGUUGUAAAAAGGCAAUACAAAAUAAAAAGAUCUUGAUU